AUGUCCUCUGGAGGGCUCGUCUCCGCCCUCUCUGGUUUCAAGAAAUCCCUUAACUUCACGUGGAUAGGUUGGCCUGGCUUCUUCAUCCCGCCGAAAGACCGCCCCGUCGUCGACAAACGUCUCAUGGAGGAGUACUCCUGCCAGGCCGUCUAUCUUGACGAUGACGUAGCCGAUCGCCACUAUAACGGUUUCUCGAAUUCCAUCCUCUGGCCCCUCUUCCAUUACCACCCUGGAGAGAUGAAUUUUGACGAAGAGAAUUGGUUAGCGUACCGCCAGGCAAACAUGCAGUUUGCUGAAGCCGUCCGUCAGCAAAUUAAGCCGGGCUCCAUGGUCUGGGUUCAAGACUACCACCUGAUGCUCCUUCCGAUGCUCCUGCGCGGCCUGAUUGACGGACAUGAAAAUGUUGGCACAUUCACCACAGAAGAGCUAUCGAAAAUCACUGAAGGGGUGGAGGGUGACCCCACUUCAAGCCAAGCUACUGUUCCUGGUGUCAAGAUCGGGUUUUUCCUGCAUACUCCAUUCCCGAGUAGUGAAAUUUACAGGAUAUUGCCAGUGCGGCGAGAAAUUCUGCUUGGCGUCCUCAGUUGUGAUUUGAUCGGGUUCCACACCUACGAUUAUGCACGGCACUUCCUUUCGUCUUGCACGAGGAUUCUGGGUCUUCCAACAAUGCCUAAUGGAGUCGAGUUUGAAGGGAGGUUAGCUCACGUCGGUACGUUCCCGAUUGGAAUCGAGCCGAGCAGUUUCAUCGAAAACUUGAAAAAGCAAUCUGUCAAGGACCGCAUUUCUCAGCUCGAGCAACGAUUCGGAGGCGUGAAGGUCAUUGUGGGUGUUGACCGCCUGGAUUAUAUCAAGGGUGUUCCCCAAAAACUGCAUGCGCUUGAACUCUUCCUAACACAGCAUCCGGAAUGGAUCGGCAAGGUCGUACUUGUGCAAUUGGCUGUGCCGUCACGCCAAGAUGUCGAAGAAUACCAAAAUCUACGAUCUACUGUAAACGAGCUCGUUGGGCGUAUCAACGGCCGGUUUGGCACUGUCGAGUUCAUGCCAAUCCACUUUAUGCACAAGAGCUUGGCGUUCGACGAACUGUGCGCUCUGUACGCCGUGAGUGACGUGUGUCUUGUUUCUAGUACAAGAGAUGGUAUGAAUUUGGUUUCAUACGAGUAUAUUGCUUGUCAGCAGGCACGCCAAGGCGUUAUGAUCCUCUCCGAAUUUGCUGGCGCUGCCCAGAGCUUGAACGGGUCGAUUGUUGUCAAUCCUUGGGAUUCACAGCAAGUUGCUGACGCUAUUCACGAAGCAGUGACAAUGGAUUCAGCAGUUCGCGCUGAAAACCACCGAAAGCUGUUCAAAUAUGUAAACAAAUACAGCGCUGCAUUCUGGGGCAGCAGCUUCAUCAAGGAAAUGAGCAAGAUUGAUGCGGAGGACGUCGGUAAAGAGGGCCAAGCUGAGUUAGAGGUGAAGCCAGACGAUACGGCGGGCGAAGGUACCGUCAUCACAAAUGGAACCGUCCCACUUACACCCAGUCCUGACACGGACGUCUGA